AAAUGCAAUAUGCGCUUUUCACAGUGUGACGUUGUCAGUUAGGUACCUGAGAUUCGUUUGAUUCGGUGUAAAUCCAGGGAUAAUUAUUCCAUAUUUAUUUUAUGAGUAAAUAAACUGUAUCUGAAGCUAUUUAUUAUGCGAGCGUUUAAAAGUGUUCACUAACACCGGAGGAACAGUCUUGAACGCGACUGCGCACCGGCUGUUUACCUCACGAUGGUGACCAUAGUGGAGCUGCUGAGUCUCCUGCUGGUGUCGGUGCUGUGGGGCUGCACCAACCCCCUCCUGAAGAGAGGCACAGAGGGGAUAGAAGAAGUGUCAGAGACCAGCAGAGUGUCACAGCUACUGGCUGAGGUCAAGUUUCUGUUCAGUAACAUCAAGUACCUGGUCCCUUUUCUUCUGAACCAGAGUGGCUCUGUGGUCUACUAUUAUACACUCUCCACCACAGAGUUAUCAUUUGCUGUUCCUGUUGCCAACUCUCUCACCUUCCUUUGCACUCUGCUCACUGGCAAGUUACUGGGUGAAGAGUUCGGAGGCAAAGAGGCUGUUGCAGGAAUGUUUCUCACUUUGGCUGGCGUCACUCUGUGUGUUAUAAGCUCCAUAGACGGCCAAGACACUGGGAAACUGAAUAUGACCCAGCCUGUGCUCUAAGGAUGAAGGCAAAUUCUUCUGUACUUUCAAAUGAUUCCUUAGCAAGGAAGGAAAGAAGGCCACAGCAGAGUCAGAGCAGGACUGGAGGGGGGCCAUUUAGAUUCAGGCAGCGUCUCGUUAGAAAAACGGUUCUGGUGGGAGAACUGUGCCUAAAUGAACUCAGCGUGAGCCUCAGAAGACCUGUCCAGAAACUCCCACACCAAGCUGAAGGGGAAGUGGGUUCAUGUAGGGUUCACCCCCAGAGCUAGACUAGAUUUAUGGCGCUCACACAGAAGUCGGUGGUUGUUAACUUUUACUUUUAAGCACUCUGCUGCCCCACCAUGUGACCAGCAUCUGCAUAAAUGCUAUAGAGACCUCAUUUCAAUAAGACUGGGGUUUGAAAUGGACCAAUUAGGAGUCACCUCCUGGUUUAACAGGGGCAUUUUACUGCGGCUGCCUUCAGUGCGCCGUGGUGUGUGUUUAGACACAGGAGAGGACAAAUUGCUGUUUAGCAGGAGGAGUAAUGCUGCUUUUCCUUGUAUGCAUGAUGUACUACUGAGGUAGAUGUACCACUGUUAUUUUCUAAAGCUCUUUGUGAAGGAAGAGUAAUGGAUUUAGUUGGUGUAAGGGUCUGUAAAUGUGUGUGGGCAAGUUCUACUGUAUUCAGAAAUAAGUCAUGCAUAGUAAUAUAUAUCUUUAUUGUCACAGUAUUUAACUGACACAAAGCACUGUACAGAUGACUUUGUUAUUGUUGCAUCUAUUCAGCUUGUCAUGUAGCUGAUACUUUGAUAAUAAAUUGUUGGCAAAAUGUGA